AUGGGUGUUUCUGUGUGGUUGUUGUUGUUUUGUGUAGGAGUUAUUUUGCAGCAGAUGGUCGUAUCGCUAGCUAGUGUGCCGAUUGCUAGGAGGCAAAGAACUGUAAUAAAUAUACCAGAGGUAUCCCAAGAUCCAGUUGUGUACAGCUGUGAUAACGUAGAGGAAAAUCACCGGGUUACUUGUGGCAGUUGCACAAGCGUUAUGCUAUGCAAUUACCAAAAACAGAAUGUAGGAUUGUACGAUUGUAGUUCCAUCGAUCCUCUACUUCCCUACUGUAAGGACGGAAAAUGUCAAAGCGAACUGGGUUGCGAUUUAAAAAGUGACUUGUGCCCUGCAGAAGACAAUUUUUAUCCAGUCCCGCACAACUGUAGUGAAGCAGUGUAUUGUAACGACCGUUUGCAAGCCACAUCAUACUCCGCCCCUUCCACAUCGUACAUGUUCGAAUAUGAAACAGGAUCAUGGAUUUAUCUCAAAACACCGGCCGAUUGUUUCCAAAUCAAUUGUAACACCGCUUCAAAUUUGAACAAAUUUUUUACAUAUAAACCAUAUCCUCAGCUAUAUUUCUUCUGUGGAACAAGCGGUCCACUCACAUUUAAAUGUGGAGUUAGUGAGGUGUUCAACGAAACGACGAAAAAUUGUGAAUUUGGUUGCACAAAGAAAGGCAAAUUUCCCAUUUCAGGAGUAAAGGAUAGAUAUUAUUCAUGUUUGGAUGGACCAAACGGUUCGUUACAAAAAUUCGAAGAAUCCUGUCCUAGUGGUAAGGAGUUCGACGCACAGCUACAGUUAUGCAAGAAUAAAGAAUGA